UCGACUCGACAGCAGCCGGCGUUGCGCUCCGCUGAACGGUCGAGCACCCGAGCCGCAGUUCGCGCCGCGACCCGCCAUGCAGGAGGCCUCGCUGUCGCCGAAGGCCGCCGGCAGCCAGCCGACGCCCUUCAGCAUCGCCGACAUCCUGAGCCGCCGCCACGGCCGGCAGCCGCAGCACUCGCAGCAGCAGCAGCAGCAGCAGCAGCAGCAGCAGCAGCAGCCGCCGCCGCCGCCGCCGCCACAGCCACAGCAGCAGAGGCAGGAGCAGCACGAGCUCAAGGUGGCGCGCAUGCUGGUCAAGAGCGAGCUGCUCGAGGCCUCCUACCAGCAGCUGCUGGCGGCCGACCUGCUGCGCCGGAACCUCGCCCAGGCCGGCGGCUGUUGCCUGGGCGCGCGCCAGCCCGAGCUGCUGCUGCGGGCCAGCCUCGAGCCCGACGAGUUCGCGCCGGCCGGCACCGAGCCGCGGCGCAGGCCGCACCAGGACGAGGCGCUCGACAUGAGCAAAGCCAAAUACCUCGACGAGAUGGACGAGGACCUGUACGAGGCGCAGUGCCACGCCGGGCAAGCGGCCAGCGGGGGGGCCCUCGGCUCGGCCAGCCGGAAGAAGCGCAGCCGCGCGGCCUUCUCGCACGCCCAGGUCUACGAGCUGGAGAGGCGGUUCGCCGCGCAGAAAUACCUCUCCGGCCCCGAGCGCGCCGAUUUGGCAAGAGGCCUCAAGCUCACCGAGACGCAAGUCAAGAUUUGGUUUCAAAAUAGACGGUACAAGACGAAGCGGCGCCAGCAGCAGGAGCUGGGCGCGCUGGUGUCGUCGCAGGCGGCGGCGGCGGCGGCGCGACGAGUGGCGGUGCGCGUGCUGGUGCACCCGGAGGAGCAGCAGCUGCAGCCGGGCCUGCCGCUGGCGGGCGGCGCCAAGCCGGGCGGCUUCCCGUACUACUGCCUGCCCUACCACCCGCUGCUGUGCCCGCCGCUGCUGCAGCAGCCGCCGGCCGCGGCGCCGGGCCAGCUCGACGAGCGGCUCGCGGCCGCGCGCGCGGACCAGCCCACCUGAGCGCUCGACGCCGCGCCCUGUAGAUAGACGCGCGCUUGCUCGCCAGCGCGGCCAUCUGUACAUACGAGCCUGUAAAUAAUUGUACAAAGAUAGCGCGGAGCUGCCGCUGUAACGAGAACGAGUCGAAUAAA